UAGGAUUCGGAGAUGGACUACGUUGUUGUAGCACAGAAGAGUUUAGUCAUGGCGAAACAUUGCAAAAUAAUUCAAUUCAAAACUUUAGUAUCGCCAACAGCAAGUAACUACUUCUACCCACCAUCUUCAUGCUCUGUCUCCUCCGCCUUGCAACACUAUAUCAAUUCAGAUCACCCUGCGCACGGCCAAAAGCUCCAUUCCUACAUUCUGAAAGCUGGGUUCGAACCCAAUACCAAUAUCUCGAUCAAGCUCUUAAUACUCUACAUCAAAUCUUCCUGCCUCUCUUAUGCGCGCCAGGUGUUCGAUGAAUUGCCUCAACCAACACUCUCGGCUUAUAAUUACAUGAUUUCGGGGUAUGUAAAGAACCGGCAAGUCCAGGAAGCUUUUGAUUUGGUUAGGAAGCUGAGUUUUUCUGGUGAAAAUGGUGAUGGGUUUACGUUUUCAAUGGUCUUGAAGGGGUCUACUUGCUUGGAUGUAGGAUUGCACACUGGCUUUAUAGCGAGGCAUGUUCAUGCCCAGAUAUUGAGGUCUGGUGUUAGUGGUGAUGAUGUGCUUUAUACUGUGUUGGUUGAUUCCUAUGUUAAGAGUGGGAGGGUGCACUAUGCUCGGAAAGUGUUUGAUUUAAUGCUGGAAAAGAAUGUGGUUUGCUCUACUUCAAUGAUAACUGGUUACAUGAACCAAGGGAAUGUGGAUGAUGCAGAAGAGGUGUUCAAGAGAACAAUGACAAAAGAUGUGGUUGUUUUCAAUGCCAUGAUUGAAGGCUAUAGCAAAUCUAUUGAAACUGCUAAAAAAGCAAUUGAGUUUUAUAUUCUCAUGCAAAGAUUGGAAUUUGAGCCCACAAUUUCUACAUUUGCAAGCUUAAUUGGGGCUUGCUCUGCUCUGGCAGCUUUUGAAGUUGGCCAGCAAGUCCAAGGACAGCUCGUGAAGACUCGAUUCGUUGAACACAUAAAAAUUGGAAGUGCUUUGAUAGACAUGUAUUCAAAGUGUGGGCAGACUGAGGAUGCAAGAAGAGUUUUUGACAACAUGCCUGAAAGGAAUGUAUUUUCAUGGACUUCAAUGAUUGAUGGAUAUGGGAAAAGUGGAUAUCCAAAUGAAGCUCUUGAUCUAUUUAACAGAAUGCAAGUAGACCAUCGUAUUAAACCGAACUAUGUUACAUUUCUUAGUGCUCUUUCUGCCUGUGCACACGCUGGGCUAGUUGCUAAAGGAAAGAGCAUUUUUGACAGCAUGGAGAAGGAUUAUGCAAUGAAGCCAAGGAUGGAGCAUUAUGCCUGCAUGGUUGAUUUGUUAGGCCGUGCGGGAAGUCUAAAUCAAGCACUGCAGUUUGUAAUCAAUAUGCCCGAAAAGCCAAAUUCUGAUGUUUGGGCAGCUUUGCUUAGUUCUGGUAGACUGCAUGGAGAUGUUGAAAUCACUGAUUUAGCUGCUAAAGAACUCUUCAAUUUAGGCGGUGAUAGUCGGCCAGGGGCAUAUGUUGCGCUAUCAAAUACUUUGGCAGAGGCUGGUAAAUGGGAUAGUGUAAGUGAACUUAGAGAGUUAAUGAAGUUACGUGGAAUAUCAAAAGGUACAGGCUUCAGUUGGGUCGGGAGAGAUGGAGGUCUAGAAGCUUUUCAUGCUGGACAACAGAUUUAAAUAAGGUUGAUGUUACCUUGCUACAUAUUGUUCAACAUGACAUGCUCGUUUACUUGAUCAAUAUCUCACGUUGUACCAAAAGCAAGAAGAAUCUCAUGAUGCUGUUUUAGUUCUACUGCAGCAGCUUGCGGGAUAGAUUGAUGCUAAUGUUGGCUAUAAUGCGUGAGGGCACAGAAAAGAGCAUGCUUAUGCAGUUAAUUAUGUACUACUGUCUCGUUUUUGUGUUGGUUCUUCCAAAUGAAAACUGAGCCACGGCAUUCUGAAUUUGUGUAUCGAGGAAAGAUGGCACGGGCCACAGAAUAACCACACUUUUGGCAAACUUCAAGGCCCUGUCGAGAGAAUGAUCUGCUCAAUAUAUUGCAUUGCAGAAUCUCGAUAAAUGAGGUAGCUGGAAACCCGCAAAGUAGACUAUUAUGGUCCACCCUAUCAUGCCUCCCCCAUCUUCAUUGGUAUCUCUAGGAAAGCAGCUUUCAUCUUCAAGGCUUCAACUCCUAUAUCUGCACUAUGAUGACACCUGUUCCAUGGUGGAGCAACUACUUAGUCACCUCGAGAAACAGACUGGUAAUACCUCUGCACUAACUCCAUAUCCACACUUAUUAUGCUAUCCUCAGAACCAGUACCGUGUUGUACCUAGUACAACCACAUAAGUGUAGCGGGUUUUUUUGGGUAACGGGUAACAGUACUCAAUACAACCUGCUAUACCUACGCGGUUGUAAUUGGUACAACACAGCACGAUUGCUGAUUGACACUUUAGAAGUUUUCUAGUAUUAUCUCAUGCCUUCUUUUAAACUCGUGAUACAAUUAGAGGUCUUUUUAAACCUCAAUAAUUUAGGCAGGACCACAUUCACUCGUGUUAAAGUCAAACGAUGAAUUAUGAUCAAGUAAAUAACCUAGAAAUCAAAGCUGUCCUGAAAGCUGCAUGUAUGUACCAUAUGUGGGAUGGGAUCUUGUUAGUGUCUUUUAAAGUGAGGCCAUAAUUUUAAGGAAAAUGAUAUGUUCUAUGAAUGCAAA